CGACCUCUGAUUGGUCGGCUUGCCCAGCUGUUAGUGGUUCAUUCACCAUUUUGUGACUGUAGUGGAAAAGAAGAGCGAUAGUUUUUAUAGCCUUGUUUGAGUUUCUGUGGGGGAAAGACAUGUUUUGCGGACGAAAAGUAAAGUGUGAGUGUGGACCGCGCAGUCGUCAAAGCCGACAGCAAAGGGAUGUUACCGAACGUUGUGCCAGCCUCCUCAUCAGAAAAUAAGACCAUAAAUCUUUCUCCGGCGAGGGGAAAAGCUCUGUUUGGUUUGCAAUACAGAAGACAGAAGGACAGGGGAGAAGGAGGAGCACAGAAAGACAAAAAAAGAGUGCCUUCGAAGUAAAAAAAUAAAGAGGAGCGCCACAAAAUCUGCACUUUGUGAUCAGUGAAGAGGAGAUGAGACCAUUAAAGAAAAACAGAGGGCGUUCUCCCCCAUUAACUAGAGGCAGAGGGGGGCGAAGGAGAGGGGGCUCACAGCCUCUCCUGGAGAAAGAACCCAAAAGAGUCAAGAGGGAGACACUUGUCAAAACCACACAGUAUACACCCAACACUCCCACACACAAACAGACCCUGCCCACAUUCGCCAACUCUAAUGAAGACCCAAUCACAAACAGCAAUACCCCCACGAUGGAGGAGUCUACUGAGCUGAGGAAACCUGUGGAGUCAGUUGAGAAGGAGGGUAAGAAGGCAGAAGAAAAGACAGAAAAGGAGAAGAUAGUGGGCACAAAUGGAAAUAGUGCUGUGGCCACUGAAUCUGUAGCAUUUCCUACCUCUUCUCCAGUGCCACUCUCCACAGCCACGCCCCCUCUGGCCACCAAUCACAGCCCCAAUUUAGGCUCAGUCUCUAGUAGGAAAACAGCCACCUUUAAGGCUCGUGUACCCAAGAAAAAAUAUACAUAUGAGCACUUUGCUAACAACGCAAAUGCCCUGACUACCAUUCCUACCUCCAGACCUGCACACAUACACAACAAUUACUGCAAUAUUAACAGCAAAAUAAGUGAUAGUGUGAAUACGCCCAAUAAUAAUUUCAAGAGUAGUAACAAUAUUAAUAAUAGCAUUAAUGUUAGCAUCAAUAGCAGUACUAACAAUAACACUACAAAAGGUAUUAACAACAUGACUAACAGUAGUGCUGGGAGCCAUAAUACUUUUAUCAAUAGCAGUAAUAGUAGAAGUAAUAAUUGCUCAGGUAAUCAGUCAUCAGUCUUAACUGUGGAUAGUAGAGCUACAGAAGCAAAGUGUUUUGUUUCCACGGAGGAUAAAGCCCUCAGGACAGCAGAUUCCCAAGCUGGGGAAAAUGAGUCAGAGGGGGCCCCUUACUCAGUGCGCUCCUCAUCCACUGAUACAGCUAGUGAGCACUCCGCUGACCUAGACAUGAUGGAAGCAGCAGGACAAAGCCUUCAUCAAAAGAACUCCAACUACCCAGCUCCUCUCCAUAACUUGCACCAUAAAGAGGCCAGUCUUUCAGAGGGACUAGCCGAAGUUCUGGCUAAAGGCAUGAAAAACCAGAGAGUUCUUGCUCGCCAGAUAAAGAGGACUAUGGAGAGUGGGGUUAGGGCUACAGGGAACAGAGGGGUUAAGGAGAUUAACUCAUGCCCUUUAUUAUCUGUGUUCAGACCAGGGGUGGUGCGUAGGGUGAGUGGAGGUAUUGUUGAAGUCCAGCUCCAAGGAGAGGAGACUCUUGUUAAAUACCCUUUCCAUGGUGGAACCAUGAUGACAUCGUCAUCAGGGGCUGAGAGCACUGUGGAGUUUAUUUUGGAUGCCCCCCCACCUGGCAUGGCACCGGUGGCAGUCAGGACUCGAGUGUGCGUGCCCUUUGGUGGAGAGGAGGGGGGUCCUCUGCUGUACAGAGAGGGGAUUAUCACUCAGGUGGACCCCCACCCCGGUGUGUCAUUUCCUUACCAGGUGCUUCUAAAUGAAGACAGAGAGACUCUGGACAAUGGAGGGGUGGGGGAAGAGAAAGAGAAAAGGAAAGCUAAUGCUCGGACUGUGUGGGUGUCCCGACAAAGUCUGAGGCUUCUCACCCCUCCUUGGGAGGUCCCACAUUUGGAUGGUGGGAGGGCAAAGGAAAGAGAGCGGGAGAGGGAAAGAGAAGAGAGGGAGCGGAGGGAGGAGAUGGAGGUAGAGAGGGAAGUGUGCCAGUUGAGUAUUGGGAUGGGGGUGCUGGGAGGGGGAGCAAGGUUAGGCCAUAGUUUUUCACAUGAAGGGGUUGUAGGUGGGCAUCCCUAUGUAAACGCACAUCCACCACCCCAUUCCUCCACCGUGACAUCUAGUGUAGGUGGCAGCACAGUUCAUGGCUGCGGAGAUAACUACUCUGACAGAGAGAGACAGAAACAGCCAAACACUCCAGAAGAGGACGUUGAGGUAUCUUGUUUUAACAUGACCCUCACUGUUGAUCCCAAGCCAAAUGCUGGGACCUCUCAGCAAAUAAACAUCGUCUCCAGGUCCAGUUGCUACCCCCCCUCCUCCCCCCACCUCUCCUUGAUGCGGGGUCUGGAACCCCCACACUUCUCCACCCUACCUAGUCCUCAGCCACCCCGUUCCCCUGCCUUACUGGUGUCUGAAAUGAACAACACCACUCCAAACCUACCUCCAUCAAAGACCACUCCCACUCAGACCCCUACUCCCACUUCUGGUGGGGGGUCCUCCUCUACCUCCUCUCGCUCCAGGACUCCCCUCUCAUUGGCUCAGCAGAAAUACAAGAAGGGCGAUGUGGUGUGCACCCCUAAUGGUAUCCGUAAGAAGUUCAAUGGUAAGCAGUGGCGGAGGCUGUGCUCCAGGGAGGGCUGUAUGAAGGAGUCUCAGCGUCGAGGAUACUGCUCAAGACACUUGUCCAUGAGGACCAAAGAGAUGGAGACAGCGGGGGGAGGGGGGGGAGGAGGAGGCAGCAGCUCAGGGACAGUCACCCCUGACCUGCGGGGGAGAGCAAGCAGUGAGUUUGAGUGGGACGACACAUCAAGAGAGAGCAGUGAGACCGGUAGCAGAGGAAACUCCAGACCCCGCUUGGUCCUCCCCUCCCUCCUCCCCCAUGACCUGUCGUCACGCUUUGACUUCGAUGAGUGUGAGGCCGCCACCAUGCUUGUGUCAUUAGGCAGCUCCCGCUCUGUCACCCCCUCCUUUUCUCCCAUCUCUAACCAGUCGCCCUUCUCCCCUGCCCCCUCUCCCUCACCCUCCCCACUGUUCGGCUUUAGGCCGGCCAACUUCUCCCCAAUUACCGCUUCCCCAGUCCUCCAACACCGGAGGCACAGGCAGCCCAGCGGGACAGGGGGCAGUAAGGUAACAACCCCAGCUGGAGGAGGAGAAAGGGAGAGACACACUUCGGGUAUCCAGCCCUCCUUCCACAGCAACCUGAUGUUUACAGUCCCCAUGAGCCCCAGCAAACGAAAGCCCGACGCACCUCCUCCACCACCCCUCCCCUCACACCACCAUGAUUACACACCCAAGACAGAGCUGGAGCAGGGGGACCUUAACUCUUUCAGGGUGUUGUCCCCCCAGACAUCAGUUUCACAUUCCCGCACACACACACCAACUUUCUCCCGACCCAGAGGAGUGACCACCCCCUCCUCCAGUAGGUCACCGUCUUCCACUGCUGUCUCCCCUCCUCCUCUGCUGGUGUCUCCAACUCCUCCUUCUCCUCUAACUCCAGAUGGAGGGCCUCGUCGUGUGGUCCCUGUAUCCCAACAGGCCUUGCGGGACUCCCCUGUCAUUGUGAGAAAUCCCGAAGUCCCACUGGCAAAAUUUACAGAGUGUCCCUUAGGAAGAGGAGGAGGUGGAAAUGAGGGAGAGACAGAUAAAACCUCAUCUACAGACAUCGGCCUAACACCCCUCACCCCUCAGCCAAUUUCAGGCCUCCAGAUUCCUGUCCCCAUUAACGCUGCUGCAGCCACAGUACCAAAUGGCACCGUCCUUUUGCGGAGCCCAGCCCAAACUCUGGUGCUUGUGUCCCCGACACCCUCCUCCCUGCCCACCACUGACACCGCUGCCACCCCCCUGCAGGCCCUGUCAGUUACCGUCAGCACAACAGUCACAGCUCCCGCUCCAAGUAGCACUGACAGCUCUGUGGAACGAGAGGAGAACAGGGGGGCAGGGUUUGGGGGUGAGGUCCAGCAGCCAGUUCCCUGUCACCCUUCUCCCACCGCUCUGCUGCCCCUGAUCCUCCCAGCUGAAAGCCUUCACCCUGUCCCACGAAAGGACAUCAUCAUGGGACGUCCUGGCACAGUAUGGACCAAUGUAGAGCCCCGGUCAGUUCCAGUCUUCCCGUGGCAUUCAUUAGUCCCUUUCCUGGCACCCACCCAAUCAGAUGCUUCUUCUCAGCCAGGAGAGGGCCAGCACCCUGUCAACCAUCCCCAAGCAGCCAGUCUGAAGACAGAGUGUCAGGGGGUUGCAGCGCAGUCACAGGAGCCUGCAGAGGCACCUCCCAUUGUAGAGAGAGGUCCUCCUUCCCGGCCUCCCCCCUCUUCUGAUGAGCCGCCUCCAGAGAAGGAGAAAGGAGAUGCAGAGAGGGAGAGGCCUGACAGCGAGACAGAGAGUGACGUGGAUGACCCCUUCCUCCCAGGAGUUGUACCAGAGCAGCCCCUCUCUACAUCACCAGUAAAGAGACGCACUCAGUCCCUCAGCGCACUGCCCAAAGAUGGAGAUAAGAGCAGCCCUGGAAAGAGGGAGAAGGACCACAUCCGGCGACCAAUGAAUGCAUUUAUGAUUUUUAGUAAGCGUCAUCGCGCAUUGGUGCACCAGCGGCACCCAAACCAGGACAACAGGACAGUCAGCAAGAUUCUUGGAGAGUGGUGGUAUGCUCUGGGACCUAAGGAGAAACAAAAGUACCAUGAUUUGGCUUUCCAGGUAAAAGAGGCCCACUUUAAGGCCCACCCAGACUGGAAGUGGUGCAACAAAGACAGGAAGAAGUCCAGCUCUGAGGGCCGUGGGGUCCCAGGGGGCAAAGACAUCAGAGAGAGGAGCAUGUCUGAGUCCACAGAGCCACAUUCUGUUGAGCUGAAGGGGGUUGGUCCAGGACUGGUGGGCGUAUCUGAAAGGAGCACAGGAAAAGGUCAUGUGGGCCAGCUUACCCGUCCCAGAGCCUUCUCUCAAAGUGCCAUGCACAGCCUGGAGCGGAGUGAUAGAGGCAAUACACAGGCCCUGGCAGAACUGGCCCAGAUGUGUGUGGACAGUGGCAGUCAGUUUUCGAGUCAUGCCCCACCCCUGUCACAGUCCCAAAGGGGGGUCAGUGAGGACAUGACCAGUGACGAGGAGCGCAUGGUCAUCUGUGAGGAGGAGGGAGAUGACGAUGUCAUUGAGGACCCUUAUCCUAGCAGUUCCAUAGACCUCAAGUGUAAGGAGCGGGUGACUGACAGCGAUAGUGAGAACGGUUCUGGAGACGAAGGUGAUCGGAAGAGAGUUUUUGCUCCAGUCAUUUGCUCCUCUGCAUUAUCAUCUUCCUCACACCAUACCCCUCAUGGUAGGAGUGUCUCACUGUCCUCUUACCCCAGCAGCAAGCGUUAUGAUGAGGGGAGAUCAGGAGGGGGAGGGUUUUCAGAUCACAGGAGGAAGGAUAGAGGAGAGGGAGAGGGUAAGGACACAUUUGGGGGAGAGGGGGGAGGAGGAGUGCAAGCCACAUCUCUCUCCCUCACUUCUGGCCAUUCAGUCAUCUCCACUUCUCCAGCUGGAGGGCAUCCUUCCUCAUCAGUAGGUUCACUGGGGGGGAACCCACUCCUGGGCAUUGGCACUGUAAGGGUGGCAUCUACAGUGGUGACCAAUGUAAUGCGUCCUGUUAUCAGCACACCGCUCCCCAUCGCCAGCAAACCCAGAGAUGGAGGCACAUCAACUAGCCCGCAUCCGCCAGAGAGGAAGUCCUUGACUCCCCAUCAGCAGCCACAAUUUCUGAUUGGCUCAGGAUCAGGAAGCGGGGUCCAAGCCCCAGGUGGUGGGUACUACUCUUCAUCAUCACCUAAUCCUUUAGGUGCAGGCCUGGGCCCUGGUGGUGUAGUGACUAAUUUGGUGUUAGGAGGAACUCUGUCUGCUCAACCUGCUGUACAGCUCAUCACCCCUUCCCACCACCCUCAGCCCUGCCAGCAGCAGGCCUUUUCCUCCUCCGCUGUUUCAGUACCGCAUAGCCAAACCAACGGGCCCCUGCCUCUGUCCCUGCUUCAUCCCCAGUUCCUUCCUGCCUCUUCCCUAGCAUCCCCUGGGGGUAAGGCCAUCACACAAGUUCAGUACAUCCUGCCCACCCUACCAGCUAACCCCAAGAGUCCACCUCAGCAGCUCAGCCAGCCAACCAGUAUCUUCAACUUGCCCACAGCUCCACCCACACACAUGUCCCUGGCCAAUGGAAAGCAGCAGGGGACAAGUUCACUGACAGGAUAUACGUCCAGCUCAGCAGUGGGUGUGGUUAGCCCGGGAACUAGAGUGCAAACACAGUCUCCAGUGCUCCAGGGCAAAAUGCUUGUUCCCAUGGCAACAGUACGGACAGCACCAGCCCCUGCCCAGCAGUUUCCCAUUGUGGCCCCACCUCUUCCGGUCCAGAACGGUGCUCAGACAGGAAGCAAGAUCAUCCAGAUAGCUCCCAUGCCUGUGGUCCAGUCCCAGCUGCCUCAAGGUGGAGCAGUCCACCCUGCCAGCCCCUUCCCUGUAACAGUUGGCACAGCUGCUGUUGUGGCUCCAGGAUCAGCCCCCUCCCAGGCUGUACUCCUGCCACCAGCUCCUACCAGGAUCACCUAUGUCCAGUCCACUCCAGGGGUCCCAUCCAGUCUGCCUCUGGUCUCCACGACAACAGGUGCUUCCACCACCCAGCAAGCCCUGCCGGUGACUGGAUCUGCAUAUGUUCCAUCGCCCCUGGCAACACUUGGGUUCACAGCCAUCGCACCACCUGGACAGACGCUAGUUCAGCCACUGAUUGCGGGUCAGCCACCGCUCCUAGCCACAGCUCAGUCUCCACAGCCUUCCAUCUCAGCCCCUGCCUCAGCCUCCGGGGGCCAGAUAGUCACCGCCAUCUACCCUCCUUCACCUAGCGUCACCAUGGCAACAGGUGUGGUCUCCAUGACAGCAGUACCCCCCAGUGUGGUCUACUCCGUCUCCAGCCCUUCCAGCACUUCCUCUCACAUCCUGUCCAAAUACACAGCAACCCCCACUACAAUCAUGAACCCACAUCCGCAGCCCCAUCUGGACAGACAGGCAGACAGGCACCUGCCUCCGGACAGACCUGCAGAUCGACAAACUGACAGACAGGCUGAGAGGCAGACAGAACUGCUGACACAUUCGGACAGACCUCUGGAGAGGCAGGCCUCCACCAAUAGCAGCUCAGUGGCUCCUCCCGGUGGCUCAGCUGUGUCCAUAAGGCCCUGCAGUCCUCCACUUCAGAUCCAAACGCCUGGCAGUACACCAGGUACACCCAAACUAACCCAGCAUCCAGUCAGGACCCCUCAGAAGGUGAAGGCAACAGUGGCGAACAUCCCCGUAGGCAGCUAUGAAGGAGGAGGCCGAGGUAAAGAGAGAGAAAGGGAAAAGGAGAGGGAGAGAGAAAGGGAGAGAGAAGCUGCAGCCACUAGCCGCUUCUCCUUUGAUCCUGAGCUGGCGGGGCAGACAGGGUCUCCAUCAACACAUCCUGCUGAGGAGCCUCCGUCCUCUGACAGAACCCUGGAGGGCUCCAGUGUUCCAGACUCCUCUGACACACGACACCGAGAAAGCACAAGCACCAAAGAGACUGGAUGGAGAGAGUCCCUCCCCUCCUCCCCUCUCCCCCCUCCAUCAGCCACGGAACCCAGCCUGCCACCCCCACAGACUGACAAAGAUGGUCCUACACCCAAAAAAGUCAAAGCCCGCCCACCACCACUUAAGAAGACCUUUGACUCGGUGGACAAGUCUGGCAGGGUGCUGUCAGAAGUGUAUUUUGAGGAGCGCUUUGCCGAGCUGCCAGAGUUUCGGCCUGAAGAGGUUUUGCCUUCACCCACCCUGCAGAGUCUGGCCACUUCACCCCGCGCCAUUCUGGGUAGCUACCGUCGCAAGAGGAAGAACUCUACAGAUUUGGACUCAGCCACUGACGAGCAAGUCUCUCCUAAGAGAAAGAGUCGGCGGCGCUCAAGUUGCAGCUCAGAGCCCAACACGCCUAAAAGUGCCGCCAAAUGCGAGGGGGACAUCUUCACCUUCGACAGAGCAGCCACAGACGGAGAAGACAUCCUGACAGAUCUGGAGUUUGAUAAGGUGCCGUACUCCUCGCUGCGGCGAACACUGGACCAGAGGCGAGCGCUGGUCAUGCAGCUGUUCCAGGAGCAGGGCUUCUUUCCAUCAGCUCAGGCCACUGCAGCCUUCCAGACGAGAUACUCUGAUAUAUUUCCCACUAAGGUGUGUCUGCAGCUGAAGAUCAGGGAGGUCCGGCAGAAGAUCAUGCAGACGGCUGCCCCCUCUGAUGUCUCUGGUUUAGGCAUCCCUGACUCAAUUGGCAACCUCCCUGGACCUUCUAGCUCCCAGUCAGGAGAAGGAUAUAUGAGAGGGGGGGACCUGCAGGAUGAAGACAUGGAGCAAGGGACAGAGGGGAGCCCAGAGGAUCCUCGUGAUUCAAAGGACUCUUCUAGAUGAGAGAUGCUGACAGAUUAGAUUGCCGACUGUUGAAGUCACACCUUUUCAUCCCUUACGCGCUUUCACAUGCUUUUUUUUGUUUUAUCCACACUCUUAACUCUCCUCUGAUCAGAUCCUGAUUUCUUUCCAUCCUCAGCGGCCAACCUGUGAGAGUGAGAGAUGUCUGAAUGCUAUGUUGGGCCUUUUCUUUGGUAAUGUGUGACACUUGUACCAAAACUACCACAUACACACACACACACACACACACACACAUUCACCCUGCAAACUCUUAAUUCCCUCACUUGGAUUAGCACUCUGUAUUAACCACCUUGGAGAAAGCUUCCAUCGAUGCCAGUGAACGAAGGACCAUUGUGUACAGCUGCACUCAUUUGCCUCAAUAAAGAAAGGGUUCUUGUUUUGGAAGGAAAGACCUGCAUAACCCAUUCUGAGACGGUGAAAAGUCAGCAGUUUUAAAACAAGGCCAUUAUAUGUUUUGAUAUUUGUUUUUAAUAGUGUUAAGAGGAGCUAAAGCAGUAAGUACUGCUUGAGGAACAACCUGUAUUUAGACUUAACUGUUGUCAGCUUGUGUCUUGUUUCUGCUGACAUUAGGGGGCUGGGCCCUCAACAGCCGGAAACUAUUUGGUUGAACAAGAGAACUCGUUACUGUGGACCUGGAAAGAUCUUUUUCUCUAUUUUAUUGCUCACGUGUAGACCUUUUAGGGGAGGUCUACUAUUCCAGGAGUGACUGAAAAAUUGACUGACUUCUGGCAGUGCCAUCAUUCCUGAAAUUACGUGUCUGGCCAAGUUCUCCCUUCUUGCGACUGACCCUAGCACAUGCCAGUAGGUAGGAACCGAGCAUUCCUGUGCCUCUCACUCGCUAGCCAUGAAGGAAGGAGGUGGGUCAGAGUCAACGGGCACAUCCUGGCUCUUAGUCGUAGAGGUCAGGCUAAAAUGGUCUGAAUCCUCUAUUGCCAUUUGCCAAGCAGUUUUAUUAACUUUUUUAAACAAUUUGAUUUGUAUUUAACAUUGUCAUAUUCAGUUUGUUGUUGUACUAUUCCUAUGGUUAUUCUUAUUACUACAUAUAUCAUUGCAGUGAACCCCAGUCCUUAGUUCUGUUGUCAUUUUUGGCAGAUGUUUUCUUCAUUUCUGCCAGCUGUUGAUUUCUUGUACUAUUUUUUCUAAAUAUACUUUUUGGGGUAGGUGAGAGAAGCUGCUCCACACCUCUACAGUUCCUCCAUUGUAGUCUUCCCUUGCCUUUCACCUCAGCAAGGACCUGUGGUGCAGUUAUUUUUAUUGUACAUUUCAAAGAGGACGACAAACACGACACAGGACCUUUUUAUAUUCUUUCAGCAGUAAUAUGCCGUAUGUUUUUAGACCACCCUGUAUGCCUCUCUGUCCCUUGCUAAGUUUGAUUCUAUAGCCUCAACACUUAAACUGUACAUCUCCUUCCUCCGCCUCUUUCCUUACCUCCUUCCUCCCUUUGUCACUUUAUUGCUCUCUCCAGACCUUUUUAGACGAGGGGAGAGAAAACUGGGGGAAGUGAGGGGAGGGUAAUGAAUCAAAGAGAGCUGGUAGGAUCUAAUACUGGUUGUGUCUUUGUGCAAGACUUGGUUGUGUUGUAAAUAAUUACUGCAGAGUCAGUAGACUCAUUAUUAAGGAAAAAUCUGUCAGUGAACAUAAGUUGACUUUUAAGACACCUAUUACUGAAGGUAAAACACGUGAAAUGGA